GCCGCCGCCCAUUGGCCGGCCCCAGUGUCGGUGAAGUCAGCUCGGAGUAGCAGAAAAACAGAGCGGGGCUGACUGCAGCGUGGAGCGCGAGCAGGGCUGGAGGCGCGCUGGCCCUUGCCGGGAACCUGCGAGGUCUCGUUUGUUAACCACCUUCUAAACAUUUGUUGUGCAAGUGUAACGUGGCAAGCCAAACACGGAGCUGAGGUUUCACAGACAAAAGCCACUGCCCUUGAGGAGCUGUCUGGAGUUGGCAUCCAUUGGAAGACUCUGAGAUCCUCUCUGCCCAGAACUCCAGGACCAAUGCAUCUUCCCACUGCCUUAAAACACUGGACUGAAGAGAUGGCUCAGAGGUGGUUAGAAGCACUUGCUGUAUGAGCACCAAAGCUGAAGCUGGCAUCCCACAGCUCAUGGAACAAGCUGAGCCCUCCAGAGCUGCAGCUGGAGAAGUCUUGCCUGCCGCCAGUAUGAGUUCUGAAUGUGAUGUUGGAGGCUCUAAAGCUGUGGUGAAUGGCUUGGCAUCUGGCAGCCAUGGGCCAGACAAAGCCAACCCUUUACGUGCUCGCUCUAUAUCUGCUGUUAAAAUAAUUCCCGUGAAGACAGUGAAAAGCCCUUCAGGUCUAGUACUCCCUCCAGAUAUGGACCCUACAAAAAUCUGCACUGGGAAAGGAACGGUGACUCUUCGGGCCUCGUCUUCCUACAGGGAAACCCCAAGCAGCAGCCCCGUGAGCCCCCAGGAAUCUCCGAAGCAUGAAAGCAAGUCAGGCCUGGAGCCAGAGGACAGUUUAGCAGAGGAAUGGAGACUUUCUUCCAGUGCUGAUACCAAUGGCAACGCCCAGCCCUCCCCACUUGCUGCCAAGGGCUAUAGAAGUGUGCAUCCCAGCCUUUCUGCUGACAAGCCCCAGGGCGGUCCUUUACUAAAUGAAGUUUCUUCUUCCCACAUUGAAACCGAUUCCCAAGCUUUCCCUCCAACAAGCAGACCUUCGUCUGCCUACCCCUCCACCACCAUUGUCAACCCUACCAUAGUGCUCCUACAGCACAACCGAGAUCCUGCCUCAGAGAGAAGAGCGGGUGAGCAGGACCCAGUACCAACCCCAGCAGAACUCACCUCGCCCGGCAGGGCUGCCGAGAGGAGGGCCAAAGAUGACAGCAGACGGGUGGUGAGGAGUGCGCAGGACCUGAGCAAUGUGUCUAUGGAUGAAGUGGGCAUCCCACUCCGGAAUACCGAGAGAUCGAAAGACUGGUACAAAACUAUGUUUAAACAGAUCCACAAGCUGAACAGAGAUGAGGACUCUGACCUGCAUUCUCCUCGGUACUCCUUCUCUGAAGACACAAAGUCUCCCCUUUCUGUGCCUCGCUCAAAAAGUGAGAUGAACUACAUCGACGGGGAGAAAGUGGUUAAGAGGUCCGCCACGCUUCCCCUCCCAGCCCGCUCCUCCUCACUCAAGUCCAGCCCAGAGAGAAACGACUGGGAGCCCCCAGAUAAGAAAGUGGAUACGAGAAAAUACCGGGCAGAGCCCAAAAGCAUUUACGAAUACCAGCCUGGCAAGUCUUCCGUCCUGACCAAUGAGAAGAUGAGUCGGGAUAUAAGCCCAGAAGAGAUAGAUUUAAAGAAUGAACCUUGGUAUAAAUUCUUUUCGGAAUUGGAGUUUGGGAGACCGCCUCCCAAAAAGAUAUGGGACUAUACUCCUGGAGACUGCUCUAUCCUUCCUAGAGAGGAUAGAAAGACUAAUCUAGAGAAAGAUCUCAGCUUCUGCCAAGCAGAGAUAGAGGCAGAUUUAGAGAGAGUGGAGGCGGUUAAUAAAUCACCCAGUGCAAACUCGCCACAGAGCUCAGCAGUCAGCCCGACUCCAGACAUUACAUCAGAGCCUCCUGGAUAUAUAUAUUCUUCCAACUUCCACGCAGUGAAGAGAGAAUCGGAUGGGACCUCCGGGGGUCUCGCCACCUUGGAGAACGAGAGGCAGAUUUAUAAAAGUGUCUUGGAAGGUGGCGACAUUCCUCUUCAGGGCCUGAGUGGGCUCAAGCGACCUUCCAGCUCAGCUUCCACUAAAGUGGAUCGUAAAGGCGGGAAUGCUCACAUGGUUUCUUCAUCAUCAGUUCAUAGCCGAACGUUUCACACUAGCAAUGCUUUAGGCCCUGGGUGUAAGCACAAGAAACCCCUGUCAGCUGCGAAAGCCUGCAUUUCGGAGAUCCUUCCUUCUAAAUUCAAACCCAGGCUCUCUGCUCCCAGCGCUCUUUUGCAGGAACAGAAGGGUGUCCUGUUGCCCUCAGAGAAGGCUCAGAGCUGUGAGAACCUUUGUGUUUCUUUGAAUGAUUCCAGAAGAGGCCUCCCACUCCGGGUUGGGGGGAGCAUUGAAAACCUGCUCCUGCGCUCCCGCCGGGAUUCUGACAGCAAGUUCAGUAGCACCAUGAGCCUUCAGGAGUACGGCACCAGCUCCAGGAGGCCCUGCCCCCUCUCCAGAAAGGCUGGACUGCACUUCUCCACGUUCUACCGGGACAUGCACCAGAUCAACCGAGCUGGCCUCUCCUUAGGCUCCAUCUCCUCCUCAAGUGUGCGAGAUCUUGCCUCCCACUUUGAAAGGAGCAGCCUGGCGUUAGCCAGGGGCGAGCUGGGCGCUAGCCAAGAGGGCUCAGAGCAUAUCCCCAAGCACACGGUGUCCUCCCGGAUCACGGCCUUUGAGCAGCUCAUCCAGCGCUCCCGGUCCAUGCCAGCCCUGGAUUUCUCUGGCAGGCUGAGCAAGUCCCCGACACCUGUGCUCUCUAGAAGCGGCCUGACCUCAGCACGGUCAGCAGAAUCCCUCCUCGAGUCUACCAAGCUCCGUCCCAGAGAGAUGGACGGGAUGGACUCCGGAGGGGUCUAUGCGUCCCCCACAUGUAGCAAUAUGGCGGACCAUGCCUUGAGCUUCCGGAGCCUUGUGCCCUCUGAGCCUCUUUCCAUCUGCUCAGAUGAGCUAGACCACUGCUCAAAUGUUUCUAAUGACAGCCGGGAGGGCAGCGGGGGCAGUGUUCACGGAGACUUUCCCAAACAUCGCCUCAACAAGUGCAAGGGCACCUGCCCGGCUUCAUACACCCGGUUCACCACCAUCAGGAAGCAUGAGCAGCAGUCCUCCAGGCAGCCAGAUUGGCGCUCGGAUUCCAGGGGGGACAAGAACAGUCUCCUCAGAAACAUCUACCUGAUGAGCCCCCUCCCUUUUCGAUUGAAAAAGCCCCUCCAACAGCACCCCAGACAGCCUCCCCCCAGUGACUCCUCAGAGUCCCCUGCUGGCCAGAAGGCAGACCUUCCCUGCCAGGGCCCUCAGGACCAGCCCCACCCUGCGGGGAAACCCCUGGUCCCCGCUCGCCUGUCUUCCCGACACACCAUGGCAAGGCUUAGCCACAGCUCAGAACCCCCUCUGGACAGAUCCGCAGGCCUGGAGGAUUGCACAGGGGCCAUUAAUAACGGGAACCCUGUGCCCUACUCAGACCAUGGCUUGGACGGGAACAACAACCCGCAACGUGAACUGGCAGCGGCCCGUGGAGAUUCAGAGUCACCAAGACAUUUUAUACCAGCUGAUUACUUGGAGUCCACAGAAGAAUUUAUCCGGAGACGGCACGAUGAUAAAGAGAAACUUUUAGCGGACCAGAGACGACUUAAGCGAGAGCAAGAAGAGGCUGAUAUUGCAGCUCGCCGCCACACAGGUGUCAUCCCGACUCAUCAUCAAUUUAUCACUAAUGAGCGCUUUGGGGACCUCCUCAAUAUAGAUGAUACGGCAAAAAGGAAAUCUGGGUUAGAGAUGAGACCCGCCCGAGCCAAAUUUGACUUUAAAGCUCAGACACUGAAGGAGCUGCCUCUGCAGAAGGGAGACAUUGUUUACAUCUACAAACAGAUCGAUCAGAACUGGUAUGAAGGCGAACACCACGGCCGGGUGGGAAUCUUCCCACGCACCUAUAUCGAGCUUCUUCCUCCAGCUGAAAAGGCGCAGCCCAGAAAGUUGGCACCCGUACAGGUUUUGGAAUACGGAGAAGCCAUUGCGAAGUUUAACUUUAAUGGCGAUACACAAGUAGAAAUGUCUUUGCGAAAGGGGGAGAGGAUCACGCUGCUCCGACAGGUGGAUGAGAACUGGUAUGAAGGGAGGAUUCCCGGGACAUCCCGCCAAGGCAUUUUCCCUAUCACCUAUGUAGAUGUGCUCAAGAGGCCAUUGGUGAAAACCCCCGUGGAUUACAUCGACUUGCCUUAUUCCUCGUCCCCGAGUCGCAGUGCCACUGUGAGCCCGCAGUGUACUAGUCACAGCAAGCUCAUCAUGCCAGCCCCUUCAUCUCUACCCCACCCCCGCCGCGCCCUGUCCCCUGAGAUGCACGCCAUCACCUCCGAGUGGAUCUCUCUGACUGUCGGGGUCCCAGGCAGGCGUUCUCUGGCUGUGACACCACCCUUGCCUCCUCUGCCUGAGGCUUCUGUCUAUGACAUGGACCGCUUAGCCUUGUCAGCAAGGGCCCGCCCCUCCCUGCCACUCAGCCUCCCCUAUUCAAGUUGGUCAGAUCACUCCACCCUGUGCUCAGUGGUCUCCCCGACGGCCCUGCCUCCACCCCACAAAGCCUACUCACUGGCACCCAGUGCCCAGGCUCCUCUUCACGUCAAUGGAAAUGGUGGUAUUCACAUCCGCCAAGAUGGCUUCUCCCAACCACCACUUGGGAACUCUGAUAGGGUCAUCUCAGAGCUUAGUGACGCCUUUAGCAGCCAGAGCAAGAGACAGCCCUGGCGAGAAGAUGGACCGUAUGACAGGAAAGCAGAGAGCGAGGCAGGUGAGAGAUGCCCUGGUGGACCCAAGAUCUCUAAGAAGAGCUGCUUGAAGCCUUCAGACGUGGUCAGGUGCCUGAGUUCUGAGCAGAGACUCUCAGAGUUCCACACUCCUGAGGACAGUCAGUCCUGCAAGCCUCUGGGUAGCACCUUCCCAGCCUGGGAAGCUGGGCCAUCAGAGCUUCACAGAGGUAUCGAGGCUGACAGGAAGGCUGCUCAGAGUGGUGUGAGCCAGCCUUCUCAUCAUUCAUUGAGCGCAGGACCUGAUCUCACAGAAUCUGAAAAGAACUAUGUGGAAGCGGUUUGCAAUGAGAUCAUAAACAUUGCCGAGAAAUCUGUUCAUUACUGCAGCACUGUCUCUCAUCCCCUUGACUUGCAUCACAAGGUACCCCCUUCUGACAAUAAAUCAUCUUUAAUCAUUUCUCAGCAACCUCAAGCCCAGCAGCGAAGAGUCACCCCAGACAGGAGUCAGCCCUCACAGGAUUUAUGUAGCUACCAAGUGUUAUAUAGUUAUGUGCCCCAAAACGAUGAUGAGUUGGAACUCCGAGAUGGAGAUAUUGUUGAUGUCAUGGAAAAAUGUGACGAUGGAUGGUUUGUUGGCACUUCGAGAAGGACGCGGCAGUUUGGUACUUUUCCAGGCAACUAUGUAAAACCUUUGUAUCUAUAAGAAGACUGAAAAGCACAGAGAUUAUUUUUUAUCAGAGGAUGAAGCAUCACUCAUGAACUUGUCUCUUUAAAUAUGGAGUCAGUAGGAAAACUAACACAGUUGGUAAAGAAAGCAUUCAAAGAGAAGAACAGAGGCGUGUGUUUAAAACGCACUGUGUAUCAGGGAUUAACUAUCUGCUGAAGACAUCUGUAUUUACAUGGCUGCUUCUGGAUGCUGCUCUAGCCCUCCUGCUUGGGGAAUCUGAUCUGGAGUAGUGUCUGUGAGCAACAUUAGCCAAAGGGGAAAAAAAUUGUGCCCAGUCUUUACCCACUCCCAUUUCAAAGGGGUCCCUUAGGGCUAGGUAAGUCAGUCCCCAUCCGUGUUCCACGGGCCCCAAGCCUGAGCAUCGUCGACAACUCCUGGCUCUCCCAGAGCCAGCAGACCUCAGCACUGCUGGAGGCUGCUCUGGGUGGUUGCUUUCCUUCAACGCCAUGGCUGGAUGAGGCCCAGGUGAAGAAAUGGAGGCAGAUCAGGUGCCCUAACACUUAGCCUUCUGGGUAACAUUGCCCUGAUAUUCAGACAGAAAGCCAUGUCAUGUUUGUCCUGAGCUUGGGGGCAGGUGGCCAGGCAGAUGGGUUACAUUUGUGUUUCCUCAUGAUUAAACCAGGCACCUUGGGGCUCUGGAAGUCGCUUGGAGUGUGUACCUUCCCUGGUCACUCCCACUGGCUAGCCAGAGUUGGCUGUGCCUUUCUUCUCUGGCUUAGUAUGGGCUUGAUACACUUGAGCCCAUGGAAUACAGCCUGGGUUCCAGUCUCCUAGGUCUCCUGGUCUCUUAGCACGUAGAUGCAAGCUGACUACAGGUGCACUGUGAGUAAGACACUCCCGACCUAGGAGGGACCCUGUGCCUGCUGUGUUGCCUAUGGUGGAAUUUGACUGCCACCCAGAAUGUUGUCUUCUCUGGUCCUUCCCCUUCCUCCUCUCCACCGCAGGCCAGGGAGUCCUGGUGCAAUGGUAUGGGGCAGCAGUUCUCUUCUCCUACUGGUGGCAGCUGUGAGUCUGUCCUCUGUGAGCCCUGGUUGAGAGGAGGGGACCCUUUGACCCCUGGGAGUUUAGUCAGCACUUUGCUACUCUAUUAGAUCCCUAGUUGGCACAAGGAUAAGUGUGGCCUGUUCCUCGAGCGGAGCCUGCAGGGCCUCAGCUAAGUGGACAACAUAGGACAAGCCCAAUCUAGAGAGACUGUGAUACGUGCAGAGGGUGUGAGAGGAAGGGAUGGAUGCAUUUCUCCUGAGGGGGACCCUAGAGGGCAGUUUAUGUCUGCAAAUACUGGGAAUUUUUUUUUCCAGAGUCUGGUAUCCUACCCACAAAUACAUGCACCAGGUCACAAAUACCAGGACUUGUAGGUGAUAGGGGCAUACUGGAACCCUGGCUCUUUGCCUGUAGUUCAGAAUCACCCUAACCACUAUACUGUCCCAAAGUCUGGAGUCUUUACAGGUCAGCAGCAUUGACUGCCUGCUGUCUUAGAUAGAAUGGGCCCUAACUCUCUCUCCCCCUCCCAACCACCACUCAAACCAUCACACCCAUCAGCCACAAUUCUCCGAGGAGACUCUUGGGGAAAGAAACUGCCACUGAUCGAUUCACACUGAAAUAUAAAUGGUUGAUGGGGAAAUAAAUGUGUUGCCUCUUCCCGGAAACAUCCUUUUUAACCGACAGAGGGAAUCCCAAGGGGAAAUGGAACGGAACGGAAAGGGUAGAAGCUUCCUGGGCAGAAAGACCUGAUGAGUCUGUGACCUGCUGCUGCUCUGCAAGCUCAGCUUCCCCAGCCUGCUGCACUGAUUUCUGUUUUGACUUUGCCCCUCGCAAGGGAACAUAGGAAAAAUAAAUAAAAAUGCCUAUGUACGUUUUUUUACUCUUUUGGAAUGCGGUCCUCCCUCUCUCCUAGAUGCCAACCAUGACUAGUGCGAUUGUAUCUAAAUUUCCUGAGGGGUGUUUUUUGAUUAAGUAGGUAAUGUCAAACACCCCCUUUAAAUACAGCUAGAAAAUAAAACCAUUUUAUAAAAGCCACCUGUGCAUCCCCGUGAGCCUCGCACAGAGCACCUCUCCAAAUCCAGGUAUGCCAUCUUCAAUAAAAUCUCUCCCACUUCCGACGUAUGAAAAAAAAAAGAGGGGAGGUUUCCAGUUGCUCUUUUGUCUUCAGACAUUUAGUAAUAUAAAGUACCUAUUUUUAUGCUGAAAUGUUUAUACAGGUUUAUUAACAGCAAGCGCAACUAAUUGGCGACAUGCCGUGCAACUCGUUUUGAUAUAUUAGCCGUGCUUCCAGGGAAAGGCAAGCCCCAAACUACUCACCUUUUGCAGUCUCUCUGGGAUCAGGAAAAGAAGAAAAAAAAAUCACAUGUUUGAGAAGUGGGACUGUAAAUAUGUAAUGUAUAUUUAACUUUGUGUAGCCCAUGUACCUACCUUGUAUAGAAAAGUAAUUUUUAAAACUUGAGCAGAAAGGGAGUGAAAUGAGGGAGCCAUGAAGGUUUUUUUCCCCCUACUUUUAUUUAAAUGAAGGAAUUUCAAUUAAUUCACCUGCAGACUUUUAGCACAAAAAUAUUCCUUGAAAAUUGUUAACAUACUCAAGUUUUUCUCCGGGGAAGAGAAGACAACUAUAAUAUCAUUUAGUUUUCUUUUUUGCGGUUCUAUUUAUCUGCAGUAGUAUUAAGUCAUAUUGCUGGAAUAGGUUACUACAAAAAAAAAAAGAUAUUAUUGAGAAAAACUAAAACUGAUCUCUGUAACCCUGGAAAGUAUUGCAUUUAAAUCGUCACACCAAGCGCAUGUACGAUGCAGACACAGGUUUUUCUGUUCAUUUAUUUUUUUUCCUUAUUGCAGUGGAUUGAUUUGAUAGACAUGUUGAGUUACUACUUUGCUGUACAUAUUAUUUAAUAAACUUUAUUCAGAAUUGCGUGGCA